AUUCUGUUUCUGUCAUUUUGAUGAAAUCCUAUGUACUUAUAUAGCUGUGUUCAGUGCGAUGAUGGUGGCUAUAGCAUUAUAUUGAAGAGUAUUAUUGUUUUUUGUUUGACGUGUGUAGGGUUUUCAUUCACAUUUUGUUGAAAUAGAGUCAUGUUUCUAUGGUCUAAAACCAUAACAUGAGUAAAUAAUGUAAUGUAAGGUGAACAAAACUAAAUCAUAUAGCUAACGAUAACGAUAAACAAGCUCGUAUCAAAUAAAAAUUUAUUGAAUUGUUAUGUAUUGAACAAUCAUUAAAAUUAUUGAAUAAUUUCAUAGCUGGAUGAUGUGAAUGCUGAAUUAUUAGUGGUAUUAUUAUAAGUUGCAGAAAUGUGUGACAGACAUGAGUGCUGAACUAACUAGAUGUAAAAGCUCGUUUUCUAGAGUGAGUUCGGAACAACUAGAUUUAUUGCUAUCGUUUAUGGAAGAGCACCCUGCCUUUGCUGCCGGCAAACAAUCGAUUUACUCUCGGUUCAGCUCCAGCAAGUUGUGGCGUCUUCUGGCAGAACGUUUGAACGCGGCAGCCGUUGACAGUGGUGGAGCACGCAAGUCGCCCGACAAGUGGUGCCGGUACUGGGCUGACAUAAAAUACAAAGCCCGUAAGAAGUCAGCUGCAGGCGGGGCGCUGGGAGAUCUCUCUAGUGCAGAGGAACGCUUACAGAAUAUAUUCAACAGCAGUGGUCGCGAAUCGGCGGGCGGCACGCGGCGCGCCAGCCAGUCGGACGACGAGCGCAAGCCCGCGCUGGACGACGACGCCAGCGACUGCUCCGCGCCCGCCGCGCGCCUCGCCACCGAGGAGCUGCUGGCCGAGGCCGCCAUGCGCAGCGCGCUGGCCGCGGAGAAACAGGCCGAGGCCGUGGCGCAGGCCGUGGAGCUGCUGCGCGACCUGCUGGCCCUGCUGCGCGAGCGCGCGCUGCCGCCGCCGCUGCUGUAGCUAGCGCAGGCCGGCCA